UGUCUUGUUGGCUUCCCCAAGCUCUGCCCGUGCCUCGAUCAUCCACAACUCCUCAGGCUCUCUCCUCCAAUGGCCAAUGACUCCAAUCUCAUUUAUGAUAAUUCCAUUAACGCAUCUUUUCUUCCUUUAACCCUUCGUCUUCUUCUCUCAUUUUUCAUAUAUCUUCCAUGUGUUUUCUCCUUCAUGCUCACAACUCACAAGUCAGUAUAAAAUGUUAAGAGGGUUCCUUCUUUGACAGGCAAGCUGAUGAAGAACGACGAUACUUAGGAGCGGAUCGUCGUCAAUCCUACCUCCUGGAUUCUGGGAAGCUCAUGAACUUCACCAUUCAACUUAUGAGAACAAAAGGCUCAGAGGAUUAUAAGACUUAGAAACUAUAAGUUUUACCUUAAGUUUUCAAUUUUCUAUUAUAACAUCUUAAACUCCUUCAUUGGCUCCAUGGCUCGUCAUGAAGCAGGAAUGUCAAGGCUUACUGAACGCUGGCCCAUAUCAAGAAAUAAUGUUGGUCUGUUUGGGCAAAGACCAUCAUCAAUACGGGGUGUGAAAGUUUAUAAAUCUCAAAAUGGUAGAACUUCUAAUCAAAUUUUAUUCACAUGCCUCAGUAAAAUGAAUGCAGAUGUUGAUGGUGAUUUGCAGCUAUGUGGAUACUAUGUGUCGUGCAUAUUGGCUAUCUUCCCUAAUUUGGGUAAAGAAUUUAGUUCUUCACUAAAAGAUUUAGGUGGGGAGAUUUCCAUAGUGACUGACAAUCUGUUUGAAGUAAUGGCUUUUGUAUUAACUGACCCCCGCCCCUCACCUGCAUUUUUGGUCGCUGUAUGCCAAUUACUUUUGUUUCCGUUUAAGACAAUAUCAUGUGAAAGUUAUGCCAACGACAUGAACUCUGCAAUCACAGCUCUAAAGCCUCUUGCUGGAUAUGCGACCACACUAACAGACCUAGUAGCAGCCGAAUAUGAAGUGGCUAACAAAAUAAGAAUUAUGCUUGGAUCAAAAGUAUAUUUGAGAAGUUCAUUGCUUGAUUCCAUCCUUUAUGCAGCGCAGUGUGAUUCACCACUAGGGUAUUGUUGCAAUUAUGUGGCAGGGAUGCUUUCAUGGACUGACAUGUCGGAGUUUGUAUUAAUCAAUGAUGUUCUUCUUGUUACGAAAUCCCCUGUUCUAGGAGAUGACAGAGUAGCGUCAGAAGUGCAGAGACUCCACGAAACCUUCAAAGAAAUAACACAAAACCGUACUCCUCAGUAUUUUGCGAUCACCACCUUUGGAUUCAAGGCAAGACUGUUAGACAGGUCAAAAUUCCCACACUUGAUAGAAGUUGCCCGGUACAUAAGUGCCAAGCAAUCUUCCACCUUUAGCCAAAGCAACUUUGUAUUUCCCCUCCCUGUGAAGGGCCAAACUUUCUUGGAACUGGUUGCUAAACAUGAGGCAUUUAUCAAGGAAAAUCGGGCCAGAUCAAGUUGAAGUGCUGUAGUGUUCUCUCCUACUAUGAUGGCCACUUAAGACAAGGAUGAAGAACAGAAUUCUAAGGGGCUGGUUGAUUCAAUGCAGUCAUGAAGAAAAAGGUAUUUUUGUUUGUGUAGAAACACAUUUCUAUUUCAGGGUAAACUUUUUUUUUUUUUUUUUGCCUGCGUUGUUUCUCUGUUAUUCCUCUUGUAUUGUUGCAUGUCUAAGUUUUUACUAGGAACUGUAGACUUUGAUUAUGCGGUCUCUACGAAAUGCAAUGACAGUUUUUUU